AUGGAAAAAUCCACUUAUAAGUAAGAAUGGCCACGGGAACCACUUUGUUCAUAUUCUCCAAACAUAAGAUACAUAUUACAUGGCUUUCACAAUCAUCGAGGAGGAAGUGGUUAUAGUCGGGGCCGGCAUUGGCGGCUUGGCGACCUCGGUGGCCCUGAAGCGGGUCGGAGUUAGGGCAUUGGUGUUGGAGAGGGCGGCGGAUCUGAGGGCCACUGGUGCGGCCCUCACGCUUUUCCCCAAUGCGUGGCGUGCCCUCGAUGCCCUUGGAGUUGCUGAUAAGCUUACCGCUCUCUACGCUCCUUUAGAAAGGGGAUAUGUUACUGAUGUCAAGACCAAAUUAACGCAGCAAGUGCUUUACGCUGCUAGCGAAAGAGGGGGACCAAGACCGCUACAUCGAAAGGCCCUCUUACAGGCAUUGGCCGAUGAGCUGCCCUCGGAUACGAUCCGGUUCUCUUCAAAGCUCACCUCCAUUGAGUCAAAAGUAGAGGACGGUAAUCGGAUUUCGGUUCUUGGACUCGAUGAUGGAACCAUAAUCAAGGCUAAGGUGGUGAUCGGGUGUGAUGGAGUUCACUCAGUGAUCGCAAGGAGGUUGAAACUCGGCUCACCGGUCCAUUCAGGCCGGUUUGCAGUUCGUGGGCUUUCUGUGUAUCCGGAAGGCCACGGGCUUGCCCGUACUGUUCAGCAAUAUGUCGACGUAUCAAAAAGGGCCGGUUUUGUUCCUCUCAAUGACAAUGAAAUAUAUUGGUUCUUUGUUUGCAAAACACCUCCUAAAGGCAAAGAUUUUGGAAGCAAUCCAGAAUCAAUACAAAGAGAAGUAAUGGAGAACUGGGCCAAGGACUUCCCGGUGUCCUACCUUGACGUCGUCCAGCACUCUGAUCUCUCAACACUAUCGUGGGCGCCACUCAUGUUCCGUUACCCUUGGGAUGUGGUUCUCGGAACCCUGAACACAGAGAGCACCACAGUAGCUGGCGAUGCUAUGCACCCGACAACCCCUGAACUCGGGCAGGGCGGCGGCAUGGCUCUUGAGGAUGCUGUUGUUCUAGGCCGACAUAUGGGGAACUUGACCGGCCCUAAUGGUAAGCUCAGGCCUGUAGACGUAGGCCAGGCCCUCGGAAAGUACAUAGGAGAAAGGAGGUGGCGGACCGCAUGGAUCAUCACCGCCUCAUUCCUGUCCGGUUGGAUACAGCAAGACGGGUCAGGAUGGUGGAUGAAGCUCCUUAGGGACGUCUUCUAUAAAACUAUCCUACCCAAACUUUCUAGUGUUGCACAGUAUGAUUGCGGGAGCUUGCCGAAUAAGAAGGGAAAAUCCAGUUGAUGGAUGUGGUUCGAGAAUAUUGUAGGCUGCUAUGAUCAAUCCGCUUUAAUAGUCCAUGUCGAUCUUAUUUUCUAAAUGUAUAAUGUUGAGAGCUGUUAUCCUGAGUCGGCAUAUAUAUGCUAUAUCAUUUAUCUGUAAAAUGUCCUUAAUUAAAUUAUAUUUUUUCUUCAAUAAUAUUUAAGCAGAACUUACGUA